GUCUGUCCGCAGUCGACUCGGUCAACAUCAUCAACCAACUGCCCUUGGUUUCCGUUUCCCGCCUCCGACAAGCUAGCUGAGAAACUCUCUCAGUCGUGGGAAGCUCUCGACCAGCGAUCGGCCUGAUUCUGCACGUGGUCAGGCGUGUUUCAACGUCAUGGUGGAGUUUAUUCUCCACUCAGUCGCCUUCUCUUCUCGUGCUUCAAUGCCCUCACAGCGUCCUCCAACACAACAGCCAGCACGCGCCACAAACCAUGCUGACCGCGCACCCUAUACCAGGCACAUUGGUCUCUCUUGCGAAUGGAUACACUCGACACAGACGCAAUUUGCAACACAUGCAAAGAGCCCUGCGCACCCGAAACCAAGACAUUCAUUCCUCCCUUUCUCUCUCUAUCUCUCUGUGCCGAGAUACGAGCUGCCGCUGCGACAGCCCGCCAAAUUUCAAGGACGCCCGCUGCACAAGUACUCCGCACCUCCCGCGUCGUUCCGUUUCACCGACAGUGACGCAGGCCACCACCACCUGUCCAUUUGGCGAUCCAGCACCUUGGACGCGGGAUCCAAUUUGCGUGGCAUUACCGAGAGGGAAUUGACUCCCCGGUUACCAUCACCGCGCCCACACCGUGCUCACUUUCAUGAUUUCCCAUCUCUGCAUACGCCUGCCCAGGUUACCUGUAGACCAUCGGCGUUGGUUCACCGGCGCAUCCAUUCCAUGCCAUAGGGCACGUUGGUGGGAGUAUCUGUGAUGGUUGCAAAGACGCUGCCAAACGUCGUCUGGUUUAUCAAUGCCGCUCAACCAGACCGUUUUGCUACAUGAUCUGGCUUGCAAGCCGUCGAGCUGCCAGCCUCAAAGUAACACGAACCUGCGCGUUCAUCCGUACCACCAUCUGCUGCUGCAGCAACGACACCUCCUUGCACGUUGCAUACCCGGCUAGGGGUGGAUAUGCUGCAAGCUUGGAUAGCCCA